GAUCAUUACCUAAUUGGCCCUUCAAGAGCUGUGAGGUUAGGUACGUAUGCUAAGUACGUACUAGAAGUCUACGAUACAGUGUGUAGCGCGGCUGCAAGAGUUGAUAUGGCUGAAGAAGAGGUCAGAGAUGUUGUACUGAGCUUCCCAGAGUGGCAGGCAAACACUUUUGCUGUGGACUGCACUGGAAAGAGAGCUGUUCUGGCAGUCCAGAAGUGGUUAGCUGUGGUCAAUUUAGAUCAACCCGAGGACUACAGUGAACCCAAGGCUGUCAGGAAACUAGGGAGACAGAACAAGUACGAGAUCAAGGCAGUGUUGUGGAACCCUCACCUGGUGAAGGAGGACUUACUGGCCUCCACCUGCCAGCAGAAGUUGGAGGUGUGGAAUGUGAAUGCUGAGAGGCAUCCUCUGGUACACUCCCUCAAGGCACACACUAGACCAGUCAGUGAUCUGUCAUGGUCUUUCAGUGACCCUAACCUACUUGCCUCCUGUGCUGUGGACUCGUACGUGCAUGUGUGGGAUAUUAGAGACGUCAAAAGACCCAAGACCUCCUUCAAAGCUGUUGCUGGAGCCUCGCUGGUGCAGUGGAACAGGUUGAACGGGAAUGUGCUUGCCUCUGCCCACGACUCUGAUGUCAGGAUAUGGGACAUGAGGAAACCCACGACAGCCUCAGGCUACAUCACUGCCCACAUGUCUCGUAUCCACGACCUUGACUGGAGUCACCUGGUCGAGAACCAACUGACCACGUGUAGCCAUGACUCCUCUAUCAAGUUCUGGGACACUCACUCUUCAAGGGAGCCUCUCAGUGUCAUCAAGGCAGGAGCUCAGCCACUAUGGAGGGCUAGGAACUAUCCGAGUGGUCAUGCCGUUGCCAUGGCAUUGGUGCCGGCUAUGCACAGUGGUGACAGUCGAGUGUUCCUAUGGAGCAGGAUGAAUAUUGCCUCCCCUCGCCACUUCUUCAAGGGAGGCUCUGAGCCAGUGCUGGAGGUGCAGUGGAGGAGGUGUGGAAGAGACUGGGACCUUGUGACCUGGUCCAAGGAUCGUGUGCUCCACAUUUGGCCGCUGGGGGAGGAGCUUAAGAUGGACCUGUGUGGCGACUACCUGGGGGAGGAUGUGGGUGAGGACAUGAUCGACCCAUCCUUUGAUCUGUCCGGGGGGCAUGUGGACAUGAGUCUGAGCACAGAAGGAGACAAUGUCGAGCAUUCGUCGACCAAUCUAGACAAAUCAGUAUCGCCGAUGGUAACAAGGUCAUUACGAGAGGGGCAACUAGCCGGUUCCCUCCCACGAAGUUCUCCUAUGAAGUCCAUGGGCUCGUUGCCUCGUAAUGAUUCACCUGUUUCACUCGCUCGUACCCCAUCUGGACCACACGUGUUCCAGCCCCAGACGGCCCACACUCUGGCUCAAGAGUUCUCUCUCCUCAACCUCGACAAUGUUACACACCUGGAGAUUGAGACAAAGGACGUGUCUGAGCGCAGCUGUGUGGUCAAGGUGGAGAUGGGAGGUCACGUAGUCCGUCUCCAGAUCACCUUCCCCUCCCACUACCCGAACGGGGCUGCCCCUUCGUUUGCAUUUGAUAGCAGCACCACCAUUGACAAUAUCACACAAGGAGAGCUGGUCAAGAUCAUCACAGAAACUGCCAACUUGUGUGUACGACAAAACAGACCUUGCCUGGAGCAAUGUCUCAAGAAACUCACUAAAUCAUUGGAGACCUUCGUAACCCGCCCUCCACCUCCUCUGAAGCACUUGGAAUUUGACGUAUUUGGUCACCUUGACGAUGAGCACAUCCCCUUCCCACGAGCUAGUGGAGCUCGGUUCUGUCCCACAGGUCGUCUCGUCUGCUUUAACAGCCUCUCUGAUGUUAGCCUGGCAGACGCACCCAAGCUACCAAGGUCCCUGGAUAAACUGAACCAGUAUCGUUCUCGAGUGCGACCAUCCACGAGAGGUGGCCAGGUGAGAUGGAGUGGCUACCUUCCCUCGUCCACGCUGCCCAAGAGAGGCUCCUCUGGUGCUAACUUGGCAGCCCUGACCAGUUUUAGUGGGAGCAGGGAGAAAUCAACGUCCAAUCUGCCUCAAGGCGAUAAACAGGUCAACCCUGGUCUGGUGAACAUUUACAAUGCCAUGCCUCUAUUUCCCAUCAACUACGGUCUGGCCGAAGCUUACAGCAUGAACUCGACUGACCUACAAGAGCUAUGCACAGCUAAUGCAUCAGUGGCAGCCCAGGCUGGGAGAAUGGACCUGGUACAAGCCUGGUCAACUGCCAUGCUGAUUGCCGAUACUAGCCUCAGGUCCCCCCUGGAGGCAAACUCUCAAGUACCGUGGCCAGAGCACCCUUUUGGGAGGAGGCUUAUUCACUCUCUGUUCAACCAUUUUGCUAAGCUCCACGAUAUCCAGACCCUAGCCAUGCUGGCUUGUCUGUUCCUAGAGCACUGUGCUCAGUUUGACAAUACAACAAGGAUGACACUUCAGAGCAAGAAACCAGCAGUUGUCAAAGUCCCCAUUGCUCACAUCAAGGCGCACAAUGGCAAUCACAACCACUACAGCUCAAUGUACAAGUCCCUACCGCCCACGAGAGUGUCUCCCACUUAUAGAGUACACACACAGAGCCCCUCGGUGGCCAUGGACAGGUGGAGCAUCAGUGGUGGUACUAUAGGAGGCGGUACCAUAGGAGGUAGUACGUCCCCAAUCUCCUCGUCCUGGCAUGAGGUGGACCUAGAGAUGGAGGGGGAGGAGCAUCUCGUGGAGGAGGAGGACACACACAUCCUAAAGUGCAGAUUACUGGAUGAUUUGCUGACUCGGCAGUGUGAUGAGUACUGUAGGGCGUAUGCAAACAUCCUCUAUGCUUGGCAGUUGCUUGAUCAGAGGGCGGAGAUUCUCAAACACCGGUCAUCCAAACAGCGGCAGCUGGACAAUCAGGUCGGUUUCGCCAGUCAAUGCCGUAAGUGUUCGGCUACCGUUAGCAACAGUCCUGCCUGUCAGAAGUCUCGCUGCUUUUCCUUCACCUGCUCCAUCUGUAACCUGGCUGUCAGAGGGAGCUCUAACUUCUGUCCGUCGUGUGGUCAUGGUGGCCAUGCUGGUCACAUGAUGGACUGGUUUGGUAAGCACCCCUUCUGUCCGACUGGCUGUGGAUGCGUGUGUCUAGAGUCUAGUUGAUCGACUAAUUAGCUAACUUGACAACAAUUGACAAUAAUAAUUAUUUUGAACAUUUUUAUGUUUGUAUUGCAACUGUGUAAACAAAAAGAUUAUUGUUAAAAACCACUUGA